GGCAGGAAGGAGGGCAGGAGGGAGCGGGGCAGAGCAGAGCGAGCGCCCCCGCGCAGAGCGGCGGGACAAGCGCCAGCGGGGGCAGAGCGCGCGUCACGCAGGAGGCAGCGCGAGGCGGCGGCGGCGCGGCCAUGGCCUACGCGUAUCUCUUCAAGUACAUCAUCAUCGGGGACACAGGUGUUGGGAAAUCAUGUUUAUUGUUACAGUUUACAGACAAGCGAUUUCAACCAGUCCAUGAUCUUACUAUUGGUGUAGAAUUUGGGGCUCGAAUGAUAACUAUUGAUGGAAAACAAAUAAAGCUUCAGAUAUGGGAUACGGCAGGGCAGGAGUCCUUCCGCUCCAUCACGAGGUCUUACUACAGAGGGGCAGCAGGGGCUUUACUAGUGUAUGAUAUUACAAGGAGGGACACUUUCAAUCACCUGACAACUUGGUUAGAAGAUGCUCGUCAGCAUUCCAAUUCCAACAUGGUCAUAAUGCUUAUUGGGAAUAAAAGUGAUUUAGAAUCUAGACGAGAAGUCAAGAAGGAAGAAGGUGAAGCAUUUGCACGAGAGCACGGGCUCAUCUUUAUGGAGACAUCUGCCAAAACGGCUUCUAACGUAGAAGAGGCAUUUAUAAACACUGCAAAGGAGAUCUAUGAGAAAAUCCAGGAAGGAGUUUUUGACAUUAAUAAUGAGGCCAACGGCAUCAAGAUCGGCCCCCAGCACGCGGCCACCAACGCGACGCUCGCGGGCAGCCAGGGCGGCCAGCAGGCGGGCGGGGGCUGCUGCUGAGCCC